GAACGUCAAGUGUCUGUUCAAGCGGUGCGCGGGCUCAGGCAAGGCGACGCUCGACUUUACUGCGCAGUGCGCUUAUUAGUUUGUUAAAUAGAAAGUAAAAGUGCGUGGCGAUCGUGCAGUCAUUUUAUCCUCUUUUAAAGUUUAACCUUCUUCUACUCGUAAACGCCGAAGGCUACAGCUGAGUAUCUUGGGAUUCCUGUAAGCUGUGCGUCUUAGCAGGCACAGGAGGGCGGGAGUGACUUCUGUUGACAAACUGAACGCCGACACCCGGGAGGGACAACGAGUAAGCUCGGGGCGCCCCGCGUGGCCUGUCAUCGGAGGAUGCCGGUGUUGAACGCUGCUGCUUGCUUAACGCCCAACAAUGUCGUUCACGGCACAUGGAGUCCGAGAGCAACAAAGUGAAACACAUUUAUAUCUACUGCUACUUCCACCUUAGCCUGGGCGUCCUUGUAAACAGUCAUGGUUUGAUCUCCCUCUUUUUCUUCAGCUACAUGAUAGCACUCCUGCCAUUGUCGGAAGGAAAUUCACAUCAUUUAACUAUUCAUUUAGUGGAACUGCAGAACAAUCUGGAUAGAAUAAAGAACAGUUUAUGUCCACCAGAUGUUGAAAAUGAUAAUAAUGACAAUUUAUACACACCACAUGUGGAAAAUAUUGAAAAUACAUCCUGCAACAAUUCAGUUCUUUAUUGCUUUACUUUGGAGAUGCAAGUUUUAAUAUUUGAAAGUGAAUCUAAUAAUAUCUUAAAAUCAAUAGAUGAGUCUUUACAGUAUAUUAAAAAACAGCUUGAAAACGAAAAAGUGAAACAAGAGGUUGACAACAAAUGCAAGGGAUGUGAAGAAGAAACUGAAAGACCAUGUCAAGAAUUUCUCGAACAUUUCUUAAACUUUGUGCAACGAUUUUUUUCACAAAGUUAGACUUGCUACACCAGCUUCAGAAAACAUUUGUUGUUUUAACUUAAUGUAUGCAGUAUAUUCAAGCCAAAUGAAAUGUGAAUCUUUUAAAACUGUAUAAACCUAUGCUGAUUAUACCAAGCCAAAACCAGCAGCUCCACAGACAUGCUUCAAGAUUGUUGUUUUAUUUGAGAAUUCCAGGAGCACAAGGAUAAUACCAUCUCAAGGGAUUUCUUCCUCUUGGUCUUUUCACAUUAAGGUAUUUGAGUGAAUUUUAUUUCCUUUUUUAUUAUCUUUUUUUCUUCAGUUACAUUUUGUAAAUAGAAAUUUCUGCACCUUAAAAACAAUUGUUUUUCAAAAUAUUGUUUCUUGUACAGUAGCUUCUGUUGACUUUGACACAUUAUUGAAAUACUGUUGUAAAUUAAUUUCUGUUCAUCCAAUUACAAUUGAGAAUUUAUUUUUAACCAUUUUAGUGGUGUAAAAGAGGCAGUCCUUUUACUGAUAAAGGUUAAUUGUCACUAUUUACCUUACAAAUAUGCACCUUUUUUGCUUCAUAGUGCUAAUGAUGUUUUGUUGAUUUGCCUCAUUAAUUUGCCUUAGUAAAUUACAUCAGAAGCAAUCAAGCUGUGGGUUUGCAUCAAAUGUGCAGUAUCAGAUGAUGAAUUAUUAAUGUGAAUUUGUGUUUCUUCUGAAUCAGAUCAUACUAAAUUGGAGCAUUUCAAAGUGAUAACCAUAUAUACUGCGGUUUGGCAUUCAUGAAGUGGUUUAAAUUUUAGACCUGGAUACUCAACUCUGAUCCUAGAGGUCCGCAGUUGCUGCAGAUUUUUUGCUUUAAUCAAAUUUGUAAUUAUAAUCCAUUUAUUUACUACUAAAGCAAUAUGUUUUUGGGCUUUGUUUUACUUAACUUGCUGGUUACAAUUCAGAAAACCUUUAUGAUGAUUUUAGUUUUAAUCUGCUAAAUUUUGCUUUUAAUUGUAGGCUAUUUUCUUAACCAGCUAUCAGUUAAUAAUAUGGUGCAAAUGACAAAGGAACCACCAAUUCUCCAGCUAUCCUGCUUCCAUUUAAACCUGUGUACAUGCAUCAUGACAUAUCUGUGUUAAUAAAAUGUUUUGAAAUAAAUAAGACAGAAGCGAAGGACUAAGAUUUAAAGAUCUGUUCCAGGCCACAAAACAUACGGAUAAUGUUCUCAAAAAAUGAAAACUCUAAAACAGGUUGAAGAAUGAAACCACUAACAAGCCAUAUAAUUAAAUGCCAGGUUUUAUUAUCUGCUAGGCCUGCUUGCUAAUUACUGGUUGGAAUGAAAAUCUGCACCCACUAUGGACCUCCAGGACCAGAGUUGAGUAUCUCUGUUUUACACAUACAAUACACAUUAAUUUGGCUACUUUUUAACAGUAAUAUCUUCCAUUUAAAACAACAGUUUCAUUUUGUUUUGAUUGUUCUUGGCAGCUUGGUCAAUGUCUACUGGAAGAAAUCUACAUUCUUCAAGAGUUUUACAUUGAUAGUCUUCCAAAGAUGAAAAAAGAACAAAAAACACUCUUAAUUCUGCAUGCUUAAACAGUUCAUUUUCCUAAUUUGUUGACAACACUUCAUUUUAAUACAUGGAAGUCAAUAAAAAUACUAACAUGCUAUUUUCUAAUGACAAUUAAAAAUGAAGACACGGAUAUUGUGUGUCUGUUGAUGAACUAUUACAAUCAAGGCUACUGACAAAUAUCCAUCCAUUUUCUAACUCCAGUUCUUAUCCAGUUCAGGGUCAAAGGUUCUAGAGCCUAUACCAGCAGCAUCAUGAAAUGGGAACCUACCCUGGAUGGUUUGCCCCUUUUUUGGAUUCAUUUAUGUACACAACCUCACAUUGUUAUACAGGGCCAGUUUAGAACUUAAGGCAAAUUGUGCCCAAAUGUACUUUUCAUGAAUGAAAGAAUCGAUGAAGUGUGUUACUUUUAUUUAUUAUUAAAAUAGUAAAAGGUCAAAAUGUUUCCAUUACACCUUCACCAUUUUUGACAGGUGUAUUUUGGUUAUGGCUGCUUUCAAAUAUGUGUUCUCUAUAUGUUGUAUAUUUAAAAUCAAUAUUUCUUGUUCAAUAUUUAAACAAAAAAUUCUAUUGUAAAAACCUAGAGAGUAUGGUAUCCUCCUCACACAAUGCAGAGUCCUUAGUAUUUUUUUUAUACGACUCAUUUUUAUCCUUUGUGCAUUAAUCCUCAUUUAUAACCUUCUUUGAUCACACUGUGAUAAUGUCUAGCUUUUUAGGUGACUGUUAAAAAAACCUUAUGCCUGCUUCCAUCCAGGCUACCUUGCCUUAGGAGAAGACUUUCAUUUCAGUACUGGCUGAAUGGUUCCCUCAUCUCAUAAAAUUUUCCAUGCAAUGGUGUGAUAUGCAAAAUAAAGUCAAAAUAAUUUAAGGAUGGCUUACAUCUUUUUGUAAGCAGAGGUGAAGGAUUUUUUUCAUUUUUCUCUACAUUCCAUUUUGAUUUCAAGUUCAUGAACUGUAAAGUAGAUAUUGGAUUUAACCAACGUAGAUGACACAAAAAGAAAUUGGUGCAAAUUAAGUUGUAGACACAUAUCUGCCUAAGACAUGUUACUCCACCAUGCUAAAAUUUGACUCCACCAUACCAGAAAAGUACAAAAAAUAAGCCGGCAGAGUCAAAGAAGUAUGCACUUCAUGCGCUUAUCUAAAAUGUCCAUAACAUCACAUUGUACAAAUACAUGAAUUCUGAGAACUUGUGACAGACAAUGUGCAAUUUUGUGAAGUCCUAAUUUCUGACCAACAUUUGUUAACGGUUUAUUGCAAGUAUUGAUUUUAAGAGAAUCAGACAAUUUAUGGAUAUGGAAUUUACACAUAUUUGAAAGUAUUCAUUUUAAAGCUCUGCAUUUGUACUGGUUAAUCAAAUUAAAGAGUCUCUCUAUAAUAAAAUGAAAUAUAAAACAGUCAACCAAUGUAAGUACCUGGGCUGUAAAAAGUUGAGUUUGGAGUAAGAGUAUGAAAGUAGGUGCUGAAACCGUAGUGCUGCCUGUUCAGGUGGCAUUACUCUUAAGUAGAAAUGGAAGUUAGGUUUUACUCAGCUUUAACAUUAAUAUGCAACUGCUGCUAUUUACUGGAACAGUAACUUUAAAAUAAAUGCUUUGGAACAGUGUCAGUAAAUCUACCUGUCACGAGGCUUGCUUUAAUGUCAUGCUUUACAUUUUGUUUUCUGCAACUGGCAAUAAGUGUUUGCUUUUUAGCAUGUGCUGUUGGUUAUGGUGUACUUUUGGUGCUCAAUGCAGUACUCCGAACAAAAUGCUGCAGGUAUUUAAAAAAAAAAAAAAAGCGUGUAUUUUGAGUUUCAUCGGUGGGUUUUAUUAAAUAAGCAUAUAUAAUCCAUCCAUCCAUCCAUCCAUCCAUCCAUUGCCUCCCGCUUAUCCGAGGUCGGGUCGCGGGGGCAGCAGCUUGAGCAGAGAUGCCCAGACUUCCCUCUCCCCGGCCACUUCUUCUAGCUCUUCCGGGAGAAUCCUGAGGCGUUCCCAGGCCAGCCGGGAGACAUAGUUCCUCCAGCGUGUCCUGGGUCUUCCCCGGGGCCUCCUCCCGGUUAGACGUGCCCAGAACACCUCACCAGGGAGGCGUCCAGGAGGCAUCCUGAUCAGAUGCCCAUGCCACCUCAUCUGACUCGUCUCGAUGCGGAGGAGCAGCGGCUCUACUCUGAGCCCCUCCAGGAUGACUGAGCUUCUCACCCUAUCUUUAAGGGAGAGCUCAGACACCCUGCGGAGGAAACUCAUUUCAGCCGCUUGUAUUCGCGAUCUCGUUCUUUCGGUCACUACCCAUAGCUCAUGACCAUAGGUGAGGGUAGGAACAUAGAUGGACUGGUAAAUUGAGAGCUUUGCCUUGCGGUUCAGCUCCUUUUUCACCAUGACAGACUGAUGCAGAGCCCUCAUCACUGUGGACGGCGCACCGAUCCGCCUGUCGAUCUCACGCUCCAUUUUUCCCUCACUCGUGAACAAGACCCUGAGAUACUUGAACUCCUCCACUUGGGGCAGGAUCUCGCUACCAACCCUGAGAGGGCACUCCACCCUUUUAUAUAUAUAUAUAUAUAUAUAAUUCAAACACAGACACUGUCAUCCACAGUAAUUAGGGAAUAUACUUGCAUAACUUUACAGAGACUGCACAUGGACAUGAUUUCCUUCUAUAGCUACAAAGAGGAUGUAUUAAUAUUAUCAUUUUGAAAUAUUAAGUCAUUGCAUUUUGCAAAAACUGCAGAUAUGUUAAAAUGACCAUAUAGUGGUAACCAUUUUAAAUUUGUGUUCCAAAAUAUAAUGUAACACAAAUAAAAAAAUAUUACAGAAAUGAUGGAAAUGAAAUGGAAAAACUGUAGUAGUUGGUAGUGGAUUGUUGUUUGAAUAUAAUAGAUAGAUAGAUACUUUAUUAAUCCCAAGGGGAAAUUCACAUACUCCAACAACAGCAUAUUGAUAAAAUACAAUAUUAAAUUAAAGAGUGAAGUAUAUAUCAAUAUACAAUAUACAUCAACUGGAACUUUGCUACAGCUGCAGACAGAAAUCCAUGCACCUCAUUUUUUGUAAGUAGUUGUAUAUGAAUAUGCUUUGUAACUCAGUAAUGCUUACGUAGCAUGCAACAGACAUUACUGUUCUUGUUAAAGGCAUUGUGGAACUCGGUUAAAAUGAGUGCACUGCAUCUUCAUGUUUUCCUUUUACAACCAAUAGAGAGAUCUGAAGACCAGGACUUUGGAUUUUGCAAAUGUGUUAUUUUCACUUGCUCCUUAUUUGCUUUUUUGUUAACCAGACAAUGCAAGAGUACUUUUAUACUGUACCGCCAUCUAAUUGUCUGCUACCUAGUCAGAAUGUAUGUCUGUAAAUUUGUAUAACAGGUGUAUUUUGUAAUGCAGUUUAUUAUGUGAGGCUUUGUUUGUAAUGGUGAUUGAUAAACACAAAAUGUAUGAGUACUUCACUUUUUGUACAGUUUAUAACUAAUAAAAAGAAAAAGGCAAGUGGAAAUUGCAGUCCUACAAUUUUUCAAUAACCAACUUCAUAUGUAGAAAAAGAGUUAUGAAAAUAAAAUGUGCAUUAUACAAUGCAACAAUUUAAUGUUUGAAACAUCUGGGUUAAAUAGCUCAAAAAAAGCCUUAUGUUUUUGGGGGUGCUGCCACAUUGCCUGUGGGAAAAUACACGCUUUAUACUUCUUUUUUUGUUUUUGCUUUUUUAAUAAGUACAACUCAAGGUUUCUUAAUAGUAUAGAAUACCUCCUUUGUGCACUUCCUUUGAUAAGUCGUACAUUGUGACAAUGCAGGUUUCUUUGUCAGAUAUUUUGUGAAACUCUUCUUUAAUUGACUUGUAUCCAUUACCUGUCUCAGGUAAAGCAGUCAGUAAAGUGAAGUUUAAUAUGCCACACUGAUGUAAAGUUUUGUAAGGUGAAAUUACUGAAGUAACAACCCUUUGUUAAAAAUGAAUGAAAUAAUAUUUUUGUAUAUACUGUAAAAGUUUACAAAUAAACAAUUGGUCCAACA